GGCCAGCUCUCCUACUGUAGGUGGAGCUGUCUGUCCUGGAGUUGUGGGGAAGGUCUUCCUGUUGUGCUGGUUACCUUUUGCUCUCUGUCUCUGGUUCCUGGUUAGUGACAGCCGUGUACACCGGUACAGCAGGAUUACUGCAUUACGAAGACUUUUGUCAUCUGGGUACUGCAUACCGACCACCUCCUCGUUACGGGGGGGACGGUUUUCCUUUGAUGUCCUUUAAUACGUUUUCAUGAUUUAUGGUCAGAAGUUUUCCCCUCAACCGAAAUGUCUCUGCAGUGCAAAGCGGGACGGAAUCCACCGAUAGCUGAUCAGCUUCCCUGGAUUUCGCUGACGACAUCGCUUUGUUGCGUGUGAAGAUGGAAACACUGGAGUCGGAGCUGACCUGCCCAAUCUGUCUGGAGCUCUUCGAGGACCCCUUGCUCUUGCCCUGCGCUCACAGCCUGUGUUUCAACUGUGCCCACCGCAUCCUGAUCUCCCACUGCAGCCCCAACGAGCCUGUGCAGUCCAUCAGCGCCUUCCAGUGCCCAACCUGUCGCUAUGCCAUCACCCUCAACCAGAGGGGCCUAGAGGGACUGAAGCGUAACGUCACUUUGCAGAACAUCAUCGACCGCUUCCAGAAGGCUUCCGUGAGCGGGCCCAACUCCCCCAGCGAGACUCGCCGUGAGCGGGUCGCCCCGGACGGCACGGCCAUGACCUCCCCCAGCGAGAGGGUGCAGUGUCAGUUCUGUGAGCAAGACCCUCCCCAGGAUGCCGUCAAGACCUGUGUCACCUGUGAGGUGUCCUACUGCGACGAAUGCUUGAAGGCCACCCACCCCAAUAAGAAGCCCUUCACCAGCCACCGUCUGAUCGAGCCCAUGCCGGACUGCCACAUCAGGGGACUCAUGUGUCUGGAGCACGAGGACGAGAAGGUGAACAUGUACUGUGUCACAGAUGAACAGUUGAUCUGUGCCUUGUGCAAACUGGUCGGUCGGCAUCGGGACCACCAAGUAGCCGCCCUCAGCGACCGCUAUGAGAAACUCAAGAGAACUCCAGACUGCUAUCUCAGUGAGAGGAGCGAGCAAGAGGAAGCAGACCAGGAGAUAUCUACGCAAACCUUGGACUCCAACCUCAGCAAUCUGAUUAAGAGGAACAACGAGUUGGAAACUCUGAUGGGCAAGUUGAUCCAGAUCUGCCAACAUGUGGAGGGGAAUGCAUCAAGACAAGAGAACAAGCUCCUGGAAGAGUGUGACCUCCUGAUGGACGUGGUACAGCAGAGAAGACAGAUCAUAGCCACCAAGAUAAACGAGGGAAAGGCUAUCCGUCUGAGAAAACUAGCCCAGCAGAUCGCCACCUGCAAGCAGAUCAUCGAGAGAUCGUCAUCCCUCAUCACUCAGGCAGAUCACACCCUGAGGGAGGGAGACCACGCCCGCUUCCUGCAGACAGCCAAAAGCAUCUGCGAGAGAGUGUCCAUGGCGACAGCAUCCUCUCAGAUCCUGAUACCAGAGAUCAACCUGAAUGACACCUUUGAUACGUUUGCGUUGGACUUUACAAGGGAAAAGAAAAUGCUGGAAGGCUUGGAUUACCUCACAGCACCAAAUCCCCCAAUAAUCCGGGAGGAAUUAUGUACGGCAUCGUAUGACACCAUCACUGCUCACUGGACAUCAGAUGACGAGUUCUGCGUGGUCUCCUAUGAGCUGCAGUAUGCCAUCUUCACUGGACAAGCCAAUGUCGUCAGUUUGUGUAACUCGGCUGACAGUUGGAUGAUUGUGCCCAACAUCAAGCAGAACCACUACACCGUGCAUGGACUCCAGUGUGGCACCAAGUACAUCUUCAUGGUCAAAGCUAUCAACCAGGCAGGGAGUCGCAGCAGUGUGCCUGGGAAGCUCAAGACCAACAGUCAGCCGUUCAAGUUGGACCCAAAGUCUGCUCACAAGAAGCUGAAGGUCUCCCACGACAACCUGACGGUGGAGCGAGACGAGACGUCGUCCAAGAAGAGCCACAAUCAGGACCGCUUCACCAGCCAGGGCAGCUACGGCGUCACUGGGAAUGUGUACAUCGACAGCGGGCGCCACUACUGGGAGGCCUUGAUAGGAGGGAGCACAUGGUUUGCUGUGGGCGUUGCUUACAAGUCAGCACCGAAACACGAGUGGAUCGGCAAGAACUCGGCCUCGUGGGUAUUAUCUCGAUGCAACAACUCCUGGGUAGUACGUCACAACAGCAAGGAGAUGCCCAUCGAGCCGUCCCCCCACCUGCGCCGCGUGGGGGUGUUGUUGGACUACGACGCCGGUUCCCUGGCCUUCUACGAUGGCGCCGGCUCACAGCACCUGUACACGUUCGACAUCACCUUCGCUCAGCCAGUGUGUCCCGUGUUCAACGUGUGGAACAAGUGUCUGACUGUUCUCACGGGGCUGCCCAUCCCAGACCACCUCGAGGGGACAGACUGCCAGGAUUAACAGGCCAGCUAAUGCAACACAAAGGGAGCAGAACAGACCCACUUCAGCCUCACCUGGCUGCCUUUGUGUCACACCAUCCAUGCUGUAUAAAGCAGAACAAAGCCAUGGUGCCAGAUCAGUCUCCAAUCAUUCUCUUAUAGAAGCAAAUACAUUGUUUUUUAAAAAUUAUUUAUGGAAACCAUUUAUUGGGUUAAAAAAAAUAUUGCAGAUUUUAUUUCUUGCUUUAACACAUUAAUAUUCACUGCUAUAUUUAUGCUUGUUGGUUUUGGGAUGUGCUUAGCAGGCAGUGGUUAGAGCGUUGGGCCAGUAACCAAAAGGUUGCUAGUUCGAAUCCCUGAGCUGACAAGGUAAUACGUCUUUCUGUUGUUCUGCCCCUGAACAAGGCAGAUAAUCCUCUGUUCCCCGGGCAGGCCGUCAUUGCCUAGUUAAAUAAAACAAAAUGAAAAGCCCUGAAAUGAGUUUAUUUCAUACAGUACACAUACAGUAGAUUGUUGACCUUUUGUCCAUGUAUCAGUCGUUAGCAGCAUGUUGCUAAAUGUUUUACAUGUAACCUGUUUAUUUUGACAUGUCAUCAUGACAUCAUCAUGACAUCAUCAUUACAUCAUCAUGACAUCCGUUCCUCUGAUUACAGAGCAGUUAUAACAGGAAUAUUCAUCUACAAUCUUCUGUUUCAUACAAGAUCCUCUCCAUGAUUUUUCUUAUGUAUUAGGAUGAUGUUUGUGAAAAUAAACAUGUUAAGAGUU